AUAUAUAUAUAUAUAUAUAUAUAUAUGUUACUCAUGCAAAGACUGCAACUUUUGGAUCUCUCUCUAGUGUGUUCACCAUGGAAGAAAGAGACAACAAGAAAUACACAGCAAAAACAAAGAGUUUCAGAGGAAGAACACAUAAUAACCCUCCACACCAACACUUUUAUCAUCAUCAUCUUCAUCCGCACUAUCUUUUGCAGCAUUCCAACAGAAAUUUCGGUUUUCUUAAUCAAAAUCUGUACCACUCUCCUUCACCCCCUCUUCUUCCUCUGCCUCCACCUCAAUACGCCAUAGCUCCAUCUCUACAUCUACCUCUACCUCUGAAUCAUGCCUUCACACCAAAACCCCAUUUGCAGAAACCGCCAUGGAAGCAGAAUCAUCUUCUUCCACCUCUUGUUGCUACUUCUGAUUCACAUCUAUCUCAUCAAACAGCUCUAGAGGUGAUUCCAAGAACAAUUAACUCAUCCAUGGGAGCAAAGAAAGACGAACUGAGACCUGUUAGGGAUACAGCACUACCAGAACCUCCAUUAACGGUGGCAAGAAGGCCGGAUUCCGGUGGCUCAGAGGGAACAAUUAUCUCACUUUUAGCCAAUCAUUUCCUUGUAAAAUUCGACCCUUCACAGCUAAUUUACCACUACGAUGUCGACAUCUCUCCGAAACCUUCAAAGGAUAUUGCUCGAUUGAUCAAACAAAAACUCGUCGAACAAAACCCCGCCAUUUUAUCCGGUGCCAAUCCUAGCUACGAUGGCCGGAGAAACCUUUUUAGCCCAAUCGAGUUUCAAAAAGACAAACUUGAACUCUUCAUUAACAUCCCAAUUCCAAUGGGUAAUCCUUCGAUUCCUCUAAAUUGUGAAGAGAAUCAAGAAAAAUCCAAGCUUUUUAGGGUAAACAUCAAGAUUGUAUCGAAACUAAACGGCAAAGAACUAAGCAAAUACUUGAGUAAAGAAGACAACGAUUCAAUCCCACUUCCACAAGACUAUCUACAAGCUUUAGAUGUUGUUCUUCGUGAAAACCCUUUGUCAGAAUGCAUCCCAUUAGGGCGUUCACUUUACUCGACCUCCAUGGGAGGCGCUAAAGACAUAGGAGGUGGCGCAAUUGGACUUCGAGGUUUUUUUCAAAGUCUCCGACCAACACAACAAGGGCUUGCGCUCAAUGUAGACUUAACAGUCACCGCUUUUCAUGAAAGCAUUGGAGUGAUCCCGUAUUUGCAGAAGCGUCUUUCUUUCCUGAAUGAUCUUUCUGAGAGAAAAACAAGAGAGUUGACGAUUGAAGAGAAGAAAGAAGUUGAAAAGGCGUUGAAGAACAUUAGGGUGUUCGUUUGUCACCGUGAUACUGUUCAAAGAUACAAAGUUCACAGUUUGACAGAUGAAUCCACUGAGAAUCUUUGGUUUCGUGAUCGAAAUGGGAAUAAUUUAUGGGUUGUGAGCUACUUUAAAGAACAGUAUAACUAUGAUAUACAAUACAGGAACUUGCCAUGUUUGCAGACUAGUAGAAGACGACCAUGUUAUCUUCCGAUGGAGCUUUGUGUCGUUUGUGAAGGCCAAAAAUUUCUCGGAAAACUUUCCGAUGAUCAAACUGCAAAAAUUCUGAAAUUGGGUUGCCAAAAACCAAGAGAACGAAAAGCGAUCAUUGAUGGUGUCAUGGCUGGACCCUUCGGUCCAUCAAGUGGAAAGCAAGCAGGCGACUUCAAUCUUCAUAUUUUGAAGGAGAUGACAAGAUUAAAUGGGCGAAUUCUUCGACCUCCAAAGCUUAAACUUGGAGAUGGUGGAGAAGUAAGAGAUUUGAUUCCUUCACGCCAUGAUCGCCAAUGGAACUUUUCAGGUAGCCAAGUUUUUGAAGGAAGCCGGAUUGGGAGAUGGGCUUUAAUUAGUUUCGGUGGGACUGAUGAACAAAAGCGAAUCAUCCCCAAAUUUAUAGACCAAUUAACUCAAAGAUGUCAACAAUUAGGAAUCUUUCUCAACAAGAACACAAUCAUAAAACCACAGUUUGAAUCAAUGCAAGUUUUGAACAAUGUUUGUCUUCUCGAAUCGAAACUCAAAAAGAUCCAAAGAGCCGCAUCCGAUAACUUACAACUUUUGAUUUGUGUGAUGGAGAAGAAACAUAAAGGGUAUGCGGAUUUGAAGCGAAUUGGAGAAACAAACAUCGGGGUUAUGAGCCAAUGUUGUUUGUAUCAAAAUCUUGCGAGAUUGAGUUCUCAAUUCCUUGCGAAUUUGGCAUUGAAAAUCAAUGCCAAAAUCGGGGGGUGUACAGUAGCGCUGUACACCUCAUUACCGGCUCAGAUCCCAAGGGUUCUAACCCUUGAUGAGCCGGUAAUGUUUCUGGGAGCGGAUGUCACGCAUCCGCACCCACUUGAUGAUUUCAGCCCUUCAGUGGCGGCGGUUGUCGGAUCGGUUAACUGGCCGGCGGCAAACAAGUACGUUUCAAAAAUGAGGUCGCAGACUCACCGGCAAGAAAUAAUUCAAGAUUUGAGUUCAAUGGUGGAGGAGAUAUUACAUGAUUUUGUUCGUGAGCUUUCAAAAUUACCAAAAAGAUUGAUUUUCUUUCGUGAUGGUGUUAGCGAGACACAGUUUCAUAAAGUUCUUCGUGAUGAAUUGCAAGCGAUUCGUGAUGGGUGUUCACGUUUCACCGGGUACAACCCACCGAUUACAUUUGUGGUGGUUCAAAAACGGCACCACACGAGGCUGUUUCUGGCGGAAUCGGGCGGCGGCACCUCCCGGAAUCUUUUUUCCGAUGAAAACGUGCCGCCGGGUACGGUGGUGGAUUCGGUUAUCACCCACCCGAAAGAGUUUGAUUUUUAUCUUUGUAGUCAUUGGGGUGUAAAGGGGACAAGUCGGCCUACACAUUAUCAUAUAUUGUGGGAUGAAAACGACUUCACUUCUGAUGAAUUUCAGAAACUGGUUUAUAAUCUUUGUUUCACUUUUGUGAGGUGUACUAAACCGGUGUCAUUGGUGCCACCAUGUUAUUAUGCACAUUUGGCGGCUUAUCGAGGGCGGUUGUAUCUUGACCGGACCGUGGUGUCGCCGGGGUUCACAAGACGGGGCCCAGUGAAGACCACCCCGCUUCCUAAAGUACGGGAGAGUGUCAAAAAUCUUAUGUUUUAUUGUUAAAGAUUGGUAUAGGAUAUGUAGAUCGACUCUUAACAUAUAUAUAUAACCCUUGUAGCAAGUUGGUAAUUGGUAAAUGUUAUUAGAAGUCAAAUAUUAUGGGUUUGAUUAUUGUUAUUGUACG